AUGUCGACCUCUUCACCAGCCCUCCCGCGGCCAAAACGCACAAUCGGUAUCUCCCUCAAACUCUACUUCGACCAUCCCAAGACCGUAUCCUACCUCGCGGCCCUGCAACCCCUCAACGCACUCGCGCAAUCCCACGACAUAUCCUUAUUCCUCAUCCCAUCCAUGAUCUCCCUCCCUCUCCUGCUCGCCCAACAAUCAACCGCAUCUUCAAAUCCAACCUCAAGCCCCCAGAUUCUUCUGGGCGCCCAAAACUCAUUCUACGAAGACGACGGCGCGUACACAGGCGAAGUCUCCCCCCUCGGACUAGCACAACUGGGCUGUUCCCUCGUGGAACUCGGCCACGCCGAGCGACGCCGAUUAUUCGGCGAAGACGAUGCGGUUGUCGCAUUGAAGGCGCGCGCUUCGCUGAGGAAUGGGAUGGUGCCGCUGGUGUGUAUUGGAGAGAAGCACGAGGGCAGCGUCGAGGAGGCAGUUGCGGAGUGUAGGUCGCAGGUAGAAUCGAUUCUCGACGUGCUGGAUGAGUCGGAGAAGACGAAUAAGGGAGCGAGGAAGGAGAUUAUCUUCGCGUACGAACCCGUCUGGGCAAUUGGACAGCCUACACCUGCGCCUGCGGAAUAUGUCGUCAAUGUCGUGAAGGCUUUAAGGGAUAUUUGUGUGCAGAGGGGACGGGGAGGACAUGGCGAGAUUCGGUUCUUGUAUGGGGGGAGUGCGGGACCGGGCACGUUUGAGAAAAUGAGUGAGGGUGUCGAUGGGUUGUUUUUGGGCCGGUUUGGGCAUGAUCCUAAGAGGGUGAGGGAGGUGAUUGAGGAGGUUGCGAGGGCGUGA